GGACGGAAUGGAAGAGGGAAGAUGCACAUCUGACUGAUAGAUUGACGGAUUUGCACAGUUUUCCUACCAUGGUUCCAUGUCAGCGUGGCUGGAAGUACAUUGCGAAAUCAACAAUGGGACCAACCAAAUACGAGGGGCAUUGAAGCAGGGGCAAAGAUUGCCGAGUCCCUCCCUACUCCGUAUGUCGUACCCCAUGGGGGAGAGAUAGUUCCGAUGGCUUGGGCAGGGACCUGGAGGGAGUCAGAUAUUCCCCUUAUUUGUACGACGAUGUCUGCGCGGCCCUCCCUAGGUAGCUCCCGAGACCGAGGAAUGAGGAUACAUCUAUCGAGCAAAGUAUAAGUGGAGCUCCUCCCUCGACUCUCACCUGCUGUUCUCUCAUCCCGCUUCACCAGUCCAACAUUCCUCAGUCUAAUCUGUCACCACCAGCAACAAUCGUGUCACCAAACCACAAAGAUGCAUCUCCUCCCAUCUCUCACCGUCCUCGCUACCGCCUUCACAGCCCUAACCUCCGCCGUCGCCCUCUCUCAGUCCGAAUCCAGAGCUGUGGUUGAAUCCCGCACCUACGGUGGGGACAAGUGCCUCUGCGAAGAUGAUGCCAACCUCCUCCGGGACGCCUACGUACGCAUGAUCAGCGCCUGGAACCCGGUUGAUGCCAAGUACCUCACGGACGACUUUAGAGACACAAGCGGUAGCAUCAACAUUUUGAUUGGGAAACCAUUGGACGGAUCGGUGCCUACGUUUGCGAACAAGCAGGAGUUUGUCGAUCAUAUGACUGUGAUGCCCGACAACCUCCCCCUCCAAGUGACCUUCUCCACCUUCAACUGCAAGUACAUCACGCUCAUCUGGACCGCCACGUUUGGCGUCGCCCAAAAGGCCGUGCGCGGCAUCGCCGUCGUGGGAACCGUGUACGACAAGAAGAAGAAGAUGUGGCUGAUUAAUAGCCUGGAUGUUGAGUGGAACUCGAUGGCUUACCUUUUGGAUAUCGGGGGCAGCUAUCAGGUGCCUGGACAGCCAUAGAUUGCUUUCCUGGUUCCUAGAGGCGGGGGGCUUGGUUGGAGCGAUGGUUGGGAGUGAAGACCUUGGGAAGACGAGGGAAAGGAAUGGUGCUGCGGUAACGCGGUGGUGGAAGCAUGGACGAGAAUGGGGUGGAAUGUAAAUAUUUCGUGGUGAUUGGGUAACUCGCGAACCGAAGCGCAAAGGGGUCAAGGGGGAUCUCGGGUGCCGAGCCGGGAACAGACAUUCCAUACAAGGUUGGCGGCAUCGGUUUGUAUGCAAGGGACUGGACCCGGUGCAGCAUGUGUCACGCGUGGUGCCUGGCUUCCAUGUUUUCGUGUUCUUGCACGGUUGUAUUUGCUGUUUGUCGUCGGAUGAUGAUAGUUCAGUUGAUGGAUAUAAUGAGAUGGAUCUGCU